AUGGCUCCUUCAAUUUUUUCUAGAUUAACCAUGAUUAUGAGUAUGGCUCUCUUUGUCCUCGUCAUAGUGGAGAGUGCCAAUGCACAACUUUCUACAAACUUUUACUCAACUUCUUGUCCUAAACUAUCGUCUACGGUAAAAUCCUCAAUGCAAUCCGCUAUAUCAAAGGAGACCAGAAUUGGUGCUUCUAUUCUUCGUUUGUUCUUUCACGAUUGUUUUGUAAAUGGAUGCGAUGGGUCAAUUCUACUUGAUGACACGUCAAACUUUACGGGGGAGAAAAAUGCAUUCCCAAACAGAAACUCUGCUCGCGGAUUUGAAGUCAUUGAUAAUAUAAAGACAGCAGUAGAGAACGUAUGUCCCGAUGUUGUAUCUUGUGCUGAUAUUCUUGCCAUUGCUGCCGCAGACUCUGUCGCGAUUCUUGGAGGCCCAACAUGGAAUGUAAAACUUGGAAGAAGAGACGCUAAAACUGCUAGUCAAUCUGCUGCUAACACAGGAAUCCCAGCACCCACUUCAAGCCUCAACCAACUUAAAUCAAGGUUCAAUGCUCUUGGCCUUUCCACCAAAGACUUAGUCGCAUUGUCAGGUGCGCACACAAUUGGACAAGCGAGGUGCACAAACUUUAGGGCAAGAAUCUACAAUGAGACAAACAUAGAUACUUCAUUUGCUAGCACGAGACAAACAAAUUGCCCAAAGACAUCUGGAUCAGGAGACAACAAUUUGGCACCCUUAGAUCUUCAAACUCCAACUUCCUUCGAUAACAACUACUUCAAGAACCUUGUUCAAAAGAAGGGUCUUCUCCAUUCUGAUCAACAACUUUUCAAUGGUGGAUCCACCAACUCCAUAGUGAGUGGCUAUAACACUAAUCCAAGCUCCUUUUCCUCUGAUUUUGCCGCUGCUAUGAUCAAAAUGGGAGAUAUUAGUCCUCUUACUGGAUCUAAUGGGGAGAUCAGGAAGAAUUGUAGAAGAAAAAAUUAA